CAUUCUUUCUUACUUGAAGCAAAAGUAUAGGAAUGACCCCAACAAAUGAGGAAUCAUCUGUUCAGAAAGGGAAAAAAAAACAAUGGAGGGUUAAAGUCCCUCGAUUGUAUAAGGUUGCUGCUGAAAUACUAACCAACCAUGAAGAUGGCAAGGGAUCUAUUCGGUCCCUCCUCUACAAUGCAAAGCAUCCAAAUGUUCGAGGGAUUCAUGCACUGCUGUGCCACACCUUUCAACAUGAUUCUGACAUCCGGACAUUCAUGCGUGUUUCACACCUCUUUAAGAAGCACCCGACCCUGAGUCCCAACAUUGCAAGAAUAUUGCUUGCUGAAGGAUUGUAUGGAAAGAAGACUCUCCCUGGUAGUAGCUAUCCAGAGACUGCCAUUCGAGAAGCUAUUCAGUUCCUGCAUGAAACAAAGAAGGUAGAUAUUUCAGACCAGAAGAAUGCCAGACCUUUGACUCAGGUGAAGUGGUGUCGUGUCAACACCUUAGUAACAUCUAUGGAAGAUGUUGUAACCUUGUUGAAGAAGGAGGAAUGGGAAGAAUCUGAUUUGAUGACUUGCACCUCAUAUGAGUCCUUCUUGGAGAGAGUAAAAAAGUUGAAACCUGGGAGCUUCAUCAAGGAUUGGCAUUUACCUAAUGUUCUUGCUCUGUGCCUUCCUACUCCAAUGUUUGAUCAUUCUUUGGUUGCAGAGAGGAAACUGCUGUUUCAAGACAAGGCAAGCUGUCUUGCAAGUGAAAUCCUGAGUCCAAAACCAGGCUCAAAUGUCAUUGAUGCUUGUGCAGCACCUGGAAUGAAAACACUUCAUCUUGCAGCUCUCAUGCAAGGAAAAGGGAAGAUCUAUGCAGUAGACAGGGAUGGAAAGAGGAUGGAGACCAUGAAAAGCAUUGUCUCCAGCAGUGGAGCAGGCCAUAUGGUGGAAUUUGUGAAUGAUGACUUCAUAGCGCUUGACCCUGGGGAUCGUACUGUCAAAUACAUCCUUGUUGACCCUUCAUGUUCUGGCUCAGGGUUAAGGUUUCGAGAAGAGCAAAUGAAAGGAGAAACGCAGUUCGUUGAUGCGGUUCGUCUCAGAAAAUUGUGCAGUUUUCAGGAGAAACUCCUGCUGCAUGCCUUGUCAUUUCCAAAGGUGAAGAGAGUAGUAUAUUCCACUUGUUCCAUCCAUGAGACGGAGAAUGAAUCCGUCAUAGAACGUGUUCUGGAGCUUUCUCCAGACUUCAUCAUGGAAGACAUAUGGAGGGAUACUUGGGAGAGAAGGGGCUUGGAACCACUCACUCAAUGCAUUCGGACUGAUCCUCACAGUGACUUGUGCAAUGGCUUUUUUGUAGCUUCCUUGCGGCGGAAAAGAAAAAGCCGUGCCUGUGAAGAAUCAAUGAAGGAUGAGAAACUUUGA